GGUCCGUCCCCACCCUUAACCGCCAACUACGCCGUGUGUGGAAUAGUUCCCACGACAAGCCUUCCGAGACCACUACGGCAACGCCAUCAUCACACCCGGGACGCUCCCGAACCCCUCGCGGCACAUGGAUCGCCGGCGCCGCCAUCACGCCGUCUGCUACCGACCACCACCGACCACCACCGGAUCACCGGGCACUCUGGGAACGGGGAGAAUCACGAUAAAGAGUCCGCUAUGGACGCCCACCAUUUGCAACCAUGAAUUAUACCCUUAAUAAAUUAUACCAUGUCAUCGGAACAAGAAAACGUCGACGUCCUCAUCUGCGGCUCCGGCUCAGCCGGUCUCUGCGCCGCCGUCUGGCUCGCCCGCUUCGGCAUCAACUACAAGAUCCUCGAACGCCGUGAUGGUCCCCUCAAGAUCGGCCAGGCCGAUGGUGUCCAGACUCGUACCGUCGAGAUCUUCGACAGCUUCGGCAUGGGCGAGGAUAUGCUAAGGGAAGCCUAUCAUGUUCUCGAACUUGCUUUCUGGGCGCAAAAUAUCGAGGGCGGAAACAAGGACAACAUCAAGAGGACACGCUAUGCUCCCGACAAGGAGACCGAAAUCAGCCACCAGCCACACGUCAUCCUCAACCAAGCUCGUCUCAACGAGUUGAUGAUCGGCCAGCUCGGUUCCCAACCGCCCAUCCAGUACAGCACCGAAGUCAAGGGCGUCCAAGUCGAUGAGUCCGCCGACAUCACCGACCUUUCCUCCUACCCUGUCCGCAUCGACGCCGUCACAGCCGACGGCGUCCCCAAGACCUACCGCGCCAAGUACGUCCUCGGCUGCGACGGCGCCCACUCCGUCAUCCGCAAGUCGCUCGGGUUCAAGAUGGUCGGCGACAGCACCGACGCCGUCUGGGGCGUCAUGGACAUCUACCCGCGGACCAACUUCCCCGACAUCCGCAAGAAGGCCGCCAUCAACUCGUCCGUGGGUAACCUGCUCAUCAUCCCGCGUGAGGGCGACGCCAUGGUGCGGUUCUACAUUGAGCUGCCGGCGGGAACGAAGGCGAGUAGCGUCACGCUUGAAGACCUCCAGAAUCACGCGAGAUUGAUCUUCCGUCCGUAUGACAUGGACUUCGCCGAUACAUUCUGGUGGUCCGCCUACGCAAUCGGUCAGCGAAGAGCAGAUUACUUCCACAAGAACCACCGCGUCUUCCUAACAGGCGACGCAUGCCAUACGCACUCGCCCAAGGCCGGGCAGGGCAUGAACGUUAGUUUACAGGACGGCCACAACAUUGGCUGGAAGCUGGGCAUGAUUCUUAAGGGACUGGGCAAGCCGAAGCCGCUGUUGGAGUCGUAUGUGAUUGAGCGCGAAAAAACGGCGACGGAGCUGAUUGAGUUUGAUAGAGGGUUCACGAAGCUGUUCAAUUCCAAGUAUAGGGAGGAGCAUGGGAUCAGCCAGGAGCAGUUUGCGGAGAAGUUUGUUCAGGCGGGGAGGUACACGGCUGGCCAGGCGAUUCAGUACGAUGCUUCGGGAGUGGUGGAGGUGGGGGAGAGGGAUAAGAAGGUUGUGGGGAAUGUGACGGUGGGAAUGAGGUUUCCUAGUGCGCAGGUGGUGAGGUUUUGUGAUGCCAAGGCUAUGCAGUUGGUUAAGGGGCUGCCGGCGGAUGGGCAGUGGUAUUUGGUGGUGUUUGCGGGGGAUAUUUCGCAGGAGGAGAGUAAGGCGCGGGUUGAGAAGGUCUCCAAAGCCCUCGACAACGUUGUCAAGCGUUUCACCCCCGCCGGCGCCUACCCAGACAGCGUCAUUGACCGCGUGCUCGUCAUCUCCGGUGACAGGAAGAAGGUCGAGCAGGAUCAGAUCCCAGAGUUAUUCACUCCCGUAACAGGGAAGUGGCAUCAGAAGUGUCUGUUCAAGGUGUAUGCGGAUGACGAGAGCUACAACUCUGGACAUGGCCAUGCCUAUGAAGCCUAUGGCAUUGAUCCAGCAAAGGGAGCGUUGGUCAUUGUCAGGCCGGAUCACUACGUAGCAAAGGUCUCCGCACUGGAUGACAAUCUUGAGCAGUCGACACAGAAGUUCUUUGAGGGCUUCUUGUCGCCAACGGCUUGAGUAUGGGUGUCAACUUUUAAGCAAGUGGAUGUAGGAUACGGACGGAGCACGGAGUUGAGGUUCAACACUUGGGGUUAUAAAGGUUUUCAUCAAGCUAAUCCAAAAGAGCAUAUUCAUACAGAUAUCCGAAUUGAAAUACAAACAAUAAGUACAAAG